AGCAUGUGGAAACUUGAUGAGGCAGAGUGAUGGUCUCUACUUUCCGCUGCUGCAAAAUUCGGUCUGACAGACACUUCUCCGUUAUUUUCGGUGUGAAUUUAACCCACCUGUUUUGUGUCACCAUGAAGUAGUCCGUUGUGUGUUACUUCACAAGAGUUACAAGGGUUACUUUUUCAAGUGGUCUUUGAAGUAGGUAGGUCAGAUUGCAGCAUGAGGAGGGAAGAAUCCGAGGCUGUGGCUGCGUUCCUGGCGGACGUCUCGAGUUUCCUGGACGACGAGGCGGGUCACCAAGUGUCCACUUCAGCCGUUACUUCAGCUAGCCAUUUGUCAAAUUCUGCUUCAAAUGAAGCGUUCGCCAAUCACGUCACUUACGUCAUAACCCACACUGUUCGACCGCAAGAAAGCGACAACCCAGGAGACGAUGCGGAGCGUAAACGCGCUCUGCGUAACUUACAGACUGGGAAACGUCGAGACGCAUACCGUAAGCGACUGAAGAAGGAGUGGCAGACUUUGCGAUGUGAGGAGAUGAAGCUGACUGAGAGGCUCAAACAAAUGCAAUACAGACGCAAGAGAGACCAGGGUGGGAUGGCUCAUUCCAGGUGGAGAGCAAUGGCCUUGCGUCAACUGGAAGGCCGGAGAAUUGCAGAAGCGCAACAGGAGAGGUUGAACACAGCAGUGAAGCGACGACGGGAGCUGAUCCAAGACGUGGAGGACAUGAUACGGAAACGGUUAAAAGAGACGGAGCAGGCAAAUGGAGAAAACUCCUGCCAAUACAAGAAAACUGGGCGAGAAUUUGUUGACGAACGGCUUCUUGAAGCUUAUUUAGACGAACUGGACGCGAUUUACGCCAGGACGGAUGCUGUGUUUCAGUGUUGCGAGACCGCGCCAAAGAUCGGACCGUACUUGAACUCUCAACCCCUGAAGAAGAGAGAGGGAGACACCGAGUACUUUGAAAAUGUAGGUGUAUUGCACGUGCCAUUCGACUUCAAACGAACGUGGUUAGCCGUGUGGGAGAUUACACAUCAGUCGUACCGACAACUCGACAGAGAAGAGUUUAAUGGGGUGGAUGAUGAGAACACGAUUGCCACGAGAUUUCGGGUCAAGUGUAGACUUCAAACUGGAGGAUUUGUCUCGAUUUGGAUACAUUUUGUGGCUCGACGAUAUAUUGAAGAAGACCGUGCAGUGAUCAUCUGGAGAGAACUAUGGGAAGGCGAGGGGGAGUUCCUUGGAAUGCAAUCAGACGAAACGGGGUGGUGUGUUAUCCAGUCAAGAGAAUGCAGAGAAGAUAAUUUUGAUAAAGCUGGCAAGUUCGCUACCAUCAAGACUUGUGUGCGGCUUGUCCCGAUGCAUUUCAGUCCAAAUGUAUCGUGCCACCCCGAUUUUGCAAAGUUCACGGAAGUUCUGGUCACGUCAGGAAAAGAAGAUAAUCUCCAAGUCGAGCAGAUGAUGGAGCGUCUGCAGUUGAGUGAUGCUGUGGAUGUAGUGGCCUUGGGAAGCCCGACUGACAGCAUAUAGUUGUUUUUAUUAUUCACACUGACGCGUUGAGGCCAGUAGAAAAUGUUAACAUUUGGAUUUGCACCAAAUUUGAAGUUGUAUUACUCUACCAGGCGUUGUUCAAAUACUUCGAAGCAAUAGAAAAGCGAUCUAGAUUUUGGCUGCUGAUCAGAAAGGAGGUAACAGCGCAGCAACAAAUAUUCUAUUGCUUCAGAAGUAGAAAACCUAUUUAAUUUCAAAAUUCACUUUUUCCACGUGAACGGAUUAACGCCGUUGUUUUUCUUUCAUGAG